AUGGACAGCAACGAGCACUCUACGCCCGCAUUGGAGCCGCACCGUGAUCCCCACCACCGGCAGCGCCGCUCGUCCCUUUUACCCAGGAGCGUUAUUGGGCCGCCUGCAGAAGAGGACAGCGGUCAAGAGGCAAGGAGAAGAAGGCAAGGAGAAGAAGGCAAGGAGAAGAAGGCAAGGAGAAGAAGGCAAGGAGAAGAAGGCAAGGAGAAGAAGGCAAGGAGAAGAAGGCAAGGAGAAGAAGGCAAGGAGAAGAAGGCAAGGAGAAGAAGGCAAGGAGAAGAAGGCAAGGAGAAGAAGGCAAGGAGAAGAAGGCAAGGAGAAGAAGGCAAGGAGAAGAAGGCAAGGAGAAGAAGGCAAGGAGAAGAAGGCAAGGAGAAGAAGGCAAGGAGAAGAAGGCAAGGAGAAGAAGGCAAGGAGAAGAAGGCAAGGAGAAGAAGGCAAGGAGAAGAAGGCAAGGAGAAGAAGGCAAGGAGAAGAAGGCAAGGAGAAGAAGGCAAGGAGAAGAAGGCAAGGAGAAGAAGGCAAGGAGAAGAAGGCAAGGAGAAGAAGGCAAGGAGAAGAAGGCAAGGAGAAGAAGGCAAGGAGAAGAAGGCAAGGAGAAGAAGGCAAGGAGAAGAAGGCAAGGAGAAGAAGGCAAGGAGAAGAAGGCAAGGAGAAGAAGGCAAGGAGAAGAAGGCAAGGAGAAGAAGGCAAGGAGAAGAAGGCAAGGAGAAGAAGGCAAGGAGAAGAAGGCAAGGAGAAGAAGGCAAGGAGAAGAAGGCAAGGAGAAGAAGGCAAGGAGAAGAAGGCAAGGAGAAGAAGGCAAGGAGAAGAAGGCAAGGAGAAGAAGGCAAGGAGAAGAAGGCAAGGAGAAGAAGGCAAGGAGAAGAAGGCAAUGAGAAGAAGGCAAUGAGAAGAAGGCAAGGAGAAGAAGGCAAGGAGAAGAAGGCAAGGAGAAGAAGGCAAGGAGAAGAAGGCAAGGAGAAGAAGGCAAGGAGAAGAAGGCAAUGA